GUCUCCCGGCUCGUGCGUGGCCGGCGCGCGCUCCUGCCUCUUCCCCCUGCCUCCGAGCCCCUCUCCCCCUUGACCAUCAAAGUUUUUUUCUCCCCACCCCCUCCCUCGCCGCUUUCCCUACUGCUCCUGCGCCUUUCCGUCCGCCUCCUCCUCAGACCCAAUUGCCGUGCAGGGCUGGCCGGAGGAGCCCCUCCGCCUCCCGGUGAGAAGCGACUCCGGCGCUUCCCUCAGCCCAGGUGGCGCCCAAGGGGGCGGGCGCGAGAGGACGGAGGGCGUCGUGGACUUUCUCCGGCAGAAGGAGAAGCCGGCGGUGGAGCGGAGGCGGCCGGCCGAUUGGACUCGGAAGGGAUGAACAGCCAGCGCGUGGCGGCUCCGGCUCCACCGAGGGAGGCAUCACCCUUUGUUGGCUUGCUCCAAAUGUGAUUGCUGAUGCCAAGUGAUAUGAAAGAUACUGUCAAGAAGGGUGUCUAAGAAGUGAGCAGAUGUCUUUUGGUGCAUACAUGCAAAGGUGAUAAAGCAAACAGCCAGCAACCCAGGAUACAAAAUCUUUCCUCUAUAGGAAACUCUUGUACAAACAAGGAAAGGCAGCUGCCUCCACCUAAGAGUAAAAAGAUUUUAUCUGGAACUUGUGACAAUGGGAAAUAAACUGAAAAGAUGCCCUCUUACAAUGAAUUACUACGCAGCACCACAUCUCCAGCUUUUCGGGGCUGUGUUCUCAGAGGAGUGAGCAGAAUUUAGGCCCUCUCAACUAAAAUGGACCAAAGGUUUCUUCACAGACUCACCAAAUCGUCUGCUGCAACCUACAAAAAUGGGAGUGAACUGAAGACCAACAAAUAAAAAUGCUGUACAGAACUUUGAUGAAGAAAUGCAAAUAAGAAUGCCUCUGAUUGCAGUGAAACAACAUACUCUUAGAGGGGAUGAAGAGUCCCUAAAGAGUUCAGAUCUGCCUUGACUGAAGCGUGACAUAAAAUGUUACAGCAGCUUUGUUUCUCAAAAUGGUUAGCAAUAGGGAUUACGGUUUCCGUUGUCUUCAUGGAGUGUUUGGCCCAGAAUGAUGAUGACUGGCAAUAUGAGGACUGCAAGUUGGCCAGAACAGGGCCUCCAGCAACUAUAGUUGCAAUUGAUGAAGAAAGUCGAAAUGGUACUAUCCUGGUAGACAACAUGUUGAUCAAAGGUACAGCAAGAGGACCCGAUCCCACUAUUGAACUCACACUGAAGGACAAUGUAGACUACUGGGUUAUCUUAGACCCUAUCAAUCAGAGGCUUUUCCUAAACAGUACUGGACGAAUUCUGGACAGAGAUCCACCAAUGUCCAUUCAGUCUAUUGUGGUCCAAGUCCAGUGCAUUAACAGAAAAGUAGGAACUAUUAUCUACCAUGAAGUUCGGAUUGUGGUGAGGGACAGAAAUGAUAACUCUCCCCAGUUCCAGCAGCAGCAGUACUAUGUAGCAGUAAACGAGUUAACACCAGUUGGAACCACCAUCUUUACAGGAUUCUCUGGAAACAACGGUGCCACAGACAUAGAUGACGGUCCCAAUGGCCAGAUAGAGUAUGUCAUCCAAUACAAUCCCGAUGACCCAACAUCAAAUGGGACUUUUGACAUUCCUCUUACACUGUCUGGAGCAGUAGUUUUGCGCGAAAGGUUGAAUUACGAAGAAAAGACCCGUUACUUAGUCAUUGUCCAAGCAAAUGACCGGGCUCAAAAUCUCAUUGAACGAAGAACAAGUACAACCACCCUCACUGUUGAUGUUCUUGAUGGGGAUGACCUUGGACCCAUGUUCCUUCCAUGUAUACUAGUUUACAAUACACGGGACUGUCGGCCACUCAAAUACCAAGCAAGUUUGCCAGAGCUUACUGCUCCCGCUCGUGUAAACCCGAUCAAUGUCAUACCGCCUAUACAAGCUAUAGAUCAGGACCGAAACAUCCAGCCUCCAUCUGACCGGCCAGGGAUUCUCUAUUUCAUCUUAGUUGGGACUCCUGAGGAUUAUUCACAGUAUUUCAGUAUGAAUGCGACAACAGCUGAGCUCAGCCUGCUCAAGCCAAUAAACAGGGAUUUUCACCAAAAAUUCGAUUUGGUUGUUAAGGCAGAACAGGAUAAUGGCCAUCCUCUUCCUGCUUUUGCCAACCUACACAUUGAAGUUCUGGAUGAAAACAAUCAGUACCCUUACUUCACAGAAUCUAUGUAUGAGGGCUUUAUUCUCGAGUCCUCCCCUGUAGGUACGACUAUCGCUGAUAACAAGAAUUUGACAUCUGCUCUGCAAAUCAUAGCUUUGGAUAACGACAUAGAAGAGACAAAGGAUCCCGAGCUCCAUCUUUUUCUAAAUGACUACAGUACAUUUUUCACUGUGACUCAGACUGGCAUAACACGCUACCUCACCUUGCUUCAGCCAGUUGACAGGGAACUCCAACAGCUAUACACCUUUUCGAUGACAGCUUCUGAUGGUGUGCAAGAAAGUCCACCAGUCACAGUGAAUAUUGUUGUGAUCGAUGCAAAUGAUAACACUCCAACCUUCUCCAACAUAUCAUACAAUGUCAAGAUUUACACAGACAUGAGGCCUGGAGAAAGUGUCAUCAAGCUCACUGCCAUGGAUGCAGAUGAAGGGACGAAUGGGCAAAUUAUAUAUGAAAUCCUGACUGGGGAUCAGGGCGACUUCAUAAUCAAUGAACAAACAGGCCUUGUCACCAUUGCAUCCGGAGUUGUAUUGUCAGUAGGGCGUUCUUAUGCCCUCACUGUCAGAGCAUCUGACAGUGCUCCACGUGCACAGAGAAGGAGCUCCAUCACUACUGUUUACAUUGAGGUCCUUCCUCCAAACAAUCAGAGCCCACCUCGGUUCCCCCAGCAGAUGUACAGUCUUGAGAUCAGUGAGGCUAUGAGAAUUGGUGCCAUUUUGCUAAAUUUGCAGGCAAAUGACCGAGAGGGUGACCCUAUAACAUACAUCAUCCAGAAUGGAGAUCCCCAGCAAGUUUUUAACCUUUCUCGAACAUCGGGGCUGCUAGCCUUAGGAAAACCUUUAGACAGAGAAAGCACUGAUCGCUACAUUUUGAUUGUUACAGCCUCAGAUGGCCGACCAGAUGGGACAUCAACUGCUACAGUGAAUAUAGUCGUAACAGAUGUAAAUGAUAAUGGGCCAGUCUUUGAUCCUUUUCUUCCUAAGAAUCUAACAGUACAAGAAGAGGAAGCCAAUGCAUAUAUCGGUCAAAUGAGGGCUACAGACCCUGAUGCUGGAAUCAAUGGUCAAGUCCGCUACAGUUUGGCAAAUUUUAACCAUCUUUUCCGCAUCACAUCUAAUGGCAGUAUUUAUACAUCGGUGAAGCUAAACAGAGAGAAAAAGGACUACUACGAACUCAUUGUCGAAGCAACAGAUGGAGCUGUAGAUGCCCGUCGUACAACAUUAACUCUGGGUAUCAAAGUCCUAGAUAUAGAUGACAAUAGUCCAGUUUUUACCAAUGCAUCCUAUACAGUGUCUAUUCCUGAAAACAUGCCCCUGGGCACAGUCUUCCUACGUUUAGAGGCUAAAGAUGUUGACCUUGGGUCAAAUAUUACUUUUGGAAUAAGAACCCAAGAAGCACGGCAAUUUUUUUCCUUGAACAAGUUUACUGGGGAACUGUCACUUCUAAAGUCCUUGGAUUUUGAAUCAUUUGCUGGCACAGAUGCAACGUUCACAUUUUUAGUGGAGGCCUUUGACAUGGGGGGAACAAUGCCUCCGGGUCUUGCUACAGUGACAGUGAGAAUAAGGGAUAUGAAUGAUUACUCCCCAGUAUUUAGCAAACAUCUGUACAGGGGAAUGGUUGCUCCUGAUGCAAUCAAGGGCACUGUUAUCACAACGGUUUCAGCAGUGGAUCAGGACCCUCCGGGGACACCAGCAAGUCUAGUGAGGUAUAAAGUCGACGUUGUCCAGUUUCCUUACAGUGCAAGUAUCUUUGAUGUUGAAGAAGAUUCUGGGCGUGUAGUAACUCGUGUGAACCUUAAUGAAGAGCCCAGCAUGUUAUUUAAGCUUGUAGUCAUUGCCUACGAUGAUGGCGACCCUGUGAAGUUCAACACCACCACUGUAGAAAUUUCUGUCUUGCAGCCCUCAGUAAUUCCACGGUUUACCCAAGAUGAAUACAGGGCCCCUCCUGUGAAUGAAGGUGCACCCAAAGGAACUCAGGUGGUUGUAAUAACUGCUGCGGCCUUGAAUCAAACAAUUAUCUAUUCCAUUGUUUCAGGAAAUGAAGAUGGUGCAUUUGCCAUUAAUAACAGGACAGGUGUCAUCUUCAUAAAUAAAUCUCUGGACUAUGAAACUGUGAAAAAUUAUGUGCUCCGUGUGCAAGCAGAUUCACUUCAAGUGGUUCGGUCCAAUUUGCCUGUGCCAUCUAAAAGCAAUACCGCCAAGGUUAUCAUUGAAGUUCAGGAUGAUAAUGACCAUGCUCCUGUCUUCACAAGAAAACUCUACAUAGGAGGUGUCUCUGAAGAUAAUAGAAUGUUUGCCUCUGUGAUGAAAGUGAAGGCUAAUGAUAGAGACACUGGUAACUACAGCGCUAUGCAGUAUAGACUCAUCAUCCCGCCAAUCAAGGAUGGCAAGGAGGGCUUUGUGAUUGAGCCUUACACAGGGACUAUCAAGACAGCCAUGCUCUUCAAAAACAUGAGGCGGUCUUAUUUCAAAUUUCAAGUCAUUGCAACUGACAACUAUGGGAAAGGACUGAGUAGCAAAUCAGAUGUUCUGGUCUCUGUCGUCAACCAGUUGGAUAUGCAGGUUAUUGUCUCAAAUGUUCCUCCUACCCUUGUGGAACAAAGCAAGGAUCAACUGAUAGGGAUUUUGGAACGCUAUGUUCAAGACCAGAUUCCUGGUGCAAAAGUUGUGGUAGAAUCCAUUGGUGCUCGUAGACAUGGAGAUGGCUACUCAGAAGAAGAUUAUUCAAAAUCAGAUCUUAUGGUCUAUGCCAUUGAUCCUCUAACGAACCGUGCUAUACUGAGAAAUGAGCUUUUCAAAUUUUUAGAUGGCAAACUUCUGGAUAUCAAUAAAGAGUUUCAGCCAUACUAUGGGGAAGGAGGACGCAUUUUGGAAAUCCGCACUCCAGAUGUGGUGGCCAAUGUGAAGAAGCAGGCACAAGCUGUAGGCUACACGGAAGGGGCAUUGCUGGCUCUGGCUGUCAUCAUCAUCCUUUGUUGUUUGCCUGCUAUUUUAAUAGUCAUGGUCAGCUACAGGCAAUUUAAAGAGAGGCAAGCUGAAUGUGCAAAGACAGCUCGAAUCCAGAUGGCCUUACCAGCUGGCAAGCCGGCAAGCACUCCUGCCACUAAUCUGUAUGAAGAACUCGGCGACAGUACCAUGCGAGGCUAUGCACAGCAAGAGCAACAGCAACUGCUAAGACCUGCUCUUCUCCGACCAGAGGAACUCUCUAUGGAAUCUGGUAUAGACCCUGGCCAAGAGUACUAUGGACAAGAUUACUACAGUUAUGAACAUGGGUACGAAUUGCCUCAAUAUGGAAGUCGUCGCCGUUUGUUGUCUCCUUCUGGGAUGUAUGAUGAAUAUGGUGAAGUGGUCAUGGAGAGCGAUGGUGGUUUCUAUUACAGUCCACAAGGACCAGAAGCUGAGUGGGCCAGAAAGAAAAGAAUCAAGUUAGUAGUUGAUCCAGAAUAUGAGACCAGCUCUACUGGAGAAGACAGUGCUCCAGAAAGCCAGAAGAAUCGUCUCAGCAACCCCAACAUUCAAACCAAUAUCAAUGGCAAUAUCUACAUAGCCCAAAAUGGAUCAGUUAUUAGAACCCGGCGAAGUUGCCUCUCAAACAGUUUAAAGGUCACAUCCCCUGUGAGGCUGGGGAAACAUUUCAAGAAACUGGAUAAGCUAGCAGUGACACAUGAAGAGAAUGUCCCAUUGAACACAUUUUCAACAGGGGCAUCUAGUGACAAACUAAACACAAGACCAUGCAGUGUUUCCUUUGCAUCCUCUGCUAUAGACCCUGACAACAUGGCAUCAAAGCCAGGGGGCAACCGAUUGAAAAGCACAGAAGAGCAAGAGUCUGUUGUUGAUAAUGAGGAUAUCAAGGAGCCUUUGGAAUUACCCAGCGACCACACACAGUCCGAUGAUGAGGAACUCUGGAUGGGUCCUUGGAAUAACCUUCACAUACCAAUGACAAAACUGUGACCUCUCUUUUCCAUUUUGAUUUUUACUUCCAUUUAUAAUAAAGUACGCUUUUUAUCGCCACCGAAGAAACCGUAUGAACUUUGUACUGUGCACAUAAGUUAUAUACUUUCAACAAAAUGCUUUAAAAGUAAAACAAAACAAAAAAUAACCCAGAGAAUUUGCACUCACAUUUGUACCAAUUAAUUGUUCUUCCCAACAACUCUUUUUGACAGAUUCAGAAUUCACUUAACAAGUAUUCAUUAAAAUGGACUAGUUUUGUUGGCUUUGGAGUUAUUGCUUAAUAAUCAUCAAACCACUACUUAAAAUGCACAGGAAUUGCUUUUUCAGUGUUUGCAGCAGAAAAGGCAGCAUUGAAUUCAUUUGGCUUGCUUAUCUGUAUAGCACUGCCCCUUUAGCUAGUGCUAUUUCAACCCACAGACAUUAACAUAGUUGUCCUGCUGAUAAGACCUAUACAACUUGAUGUUUCUGAUCUAAGUUCUUUUCAGGCUCUGAUCCAGCCUGCCACCCAUGGUUGCUAAAUCCGGUGGCUGCACCUGCACAAAGCCAACCUAUUUUGGGUGAACCGAAGGCUAGUUUUGGCCUUGUGAAUGUUUAAUCUUCAUUAGAAGACUACACAUUAUGGUGGGGAGUCACCAACUGCCUUGGAAAUCAGUUCAGUUUUUUAAAUGUGCCUUAGAUACAAGAAUUUAUCAAAUUUAAAAUCUUGUAGGCAUCGGCUCUUGCUAUGCCUUCAUCUUUAAUCUUAAAAGAGCCAUCUGUUUCAUUACUAAUACUCCCUCCACCAAGUGGCUUAAUCAAACAUUGUGUUUGAAACAUUCAUAUUCACUUCUUAAGAUCCUUUACUGGGCUUAGAUAAAUGUUUAUAGCUCAUCUUUGUAUUCCCUCCAGUUUGUAAUUACUUGUAAACACGUUGUUGCUGCUAAUCAUUCUAUUAUUAAGGAUCAUGUCAGAAAUUCCUAAAAUGACCACUAAGAGUUUCUAGUGCACUUCUCAUGAUCCAUUUGACAGGAUGAGAGAUAUUCUUCAUCAUACUUGUGGCUGAGAACAAUGCCUUGUAUUUACUGCACUUCUAAAAGUGAGGUGAUUGGUGCAUUUGCCAACUAGCCAGUAUUUUAUGAGUCUUAACUAAUAAAGCUGGUUGUCUACCAAAUAACCAGAGUUGGGGUCUGUAAAGCUAGUACAUUCUAGAUCCUUCCAGAUUCCACCCACUAUUCAGCAUAAUCUUCCUUCACAUGACAGAUUCCUUUUGGUUUUGCCUCAACUUCUUAGACCCAACCAAGGUGCCAGUAUUUCUUUUAGGUGGACAUCCUAAAGGGGAGUUGAAUUGUGAACUGGUUAUGUGCUUUGAGAAGUUGCUACCACGAAGGCAGCAAUGCAUGCCAACUCUUCACAGAUUAAUUCCCUUCCAACCUGCCAGCACUGAUUCAGACCUUUGAUGUGGUCAUGAAGAAGGAAGUGUUUCCUGAAGGUACAAUUGCUGCAUCCUUCACACAUGCAGAAUAAUGCACCUUCAAUCCAAUUUAAAUGCACUAUAGAGAUGUGCAGAAUACAAAAUCCACUUGCAAACAAUUGUGUAAGUAGAUUGAAAGUGCAUUGUUCUGCAUGUGUGGAAGGGGCCAUGGACCUAAAUGGUACAGCCUUCCUGUUGGCUAUAUGGGAGCAUCAUGAUAUAGAACUGUCUUGAUUAUGAAAUGGCUCAAACUGCAGACUUUGUACUAUUUAACCAUUUCAGACUCUAUACGUUCAAAGCAUAAUGUUCUGCACAAUAUGCCUGGUAUACAUUAUUUUUUUAAAAAACUCCCAUUUAUAAGGACUGUUUAAUAAAAAAAGGGAACAAUUCAGAUAUCACAGCACUAUAAAUUAGAAAUAUAUCCCAAAGAUGAGAUGCUCAGCUGGGGUAAAUCAGCAUAAUUCUACAAAAGCCAAUGGAGCUUUGCAAAUUUACAGCUGCUGGGGAGCUUCCAUAAUGGAAUUUUUAAAGCUAUAAAAUUGGUCUAAGUGAAACAUGAAUCAGGCUCCUGGUAUCAGCAAUAUACUCAUUAUAUAAUGCAAUAACCUCUUUGUAGAUGCAUAGAAUGGAAGAUUAAAGAGGAUGCAAAAUCA